AUGAGCACCACCCCAUCCGUGGAUGUGCGUGAUACACUCUUCAACCUCGUCAUCCUGUCCCAGGCGAGCCGCAUGGACCAGCAACGGGCCUGUGGUCCUGAGCUUGGUGGCACACUCGUGUCCAACAAGGAUCUUGGCCGCGUGAAAAAGUGCGCGCAGCAGGAUCAAAAGCGCGAAGCCCGUCGACACCGCCGCGCCAACGCCGCUGCCUCCACCACCAAAACCACCAACUCUGCCCAACACUAUACUCCUUCUGCCUCGGCAGUUGGCAGUAAGCUACGCGGGCGCCAGCUCCCCACGUUGCCCUCUCAACGCGAUCUAUUGCAAAGCUUUGACUUUUACAUCGGUGAUGUCAGCCGGGCCGAGGCCAACGUCAUGCUGGGCAAGUGCGAGGACGGUACCUACCUCGUUCGCCGCUCAGCCGAUCGCUUCGUCGUCAGCAUCAUCUGGCGUGAUAAUCCCAAUCAAGACGCCGUCCUGACACACAUUCGCGUUCAUACCCCAGAAACGGCUGGGCGGCGUGGCUUUGGCCUAGCCGAGCGCGACGACUUCCCCACCAUGGAGGCGCUCGUGCAACAUUAUGAAAAUUCACCCUUCCUGUUUGCCCUUCGCUUUUGGCACUACAGCGAGCGAGACUUUCCCAGCCUGAAACCGUUCAAUCCCACGCGCAUGCUCCGCGAUUCGGCGCCCGCGAGUGCGGCGUCGACGCCGCGUCCCUCCACUAUUAGCCCAGACCUUGCGGCUCGUGGUGUUGCCCCAUCCCCCGUCCCCAUGAUGUCUACCCUGCCUGCCGGCGCAUCAUCCACAUCCAAUGCCACACCCAACACCGAGGCGCCUCGGCGAGGGCCAGCUCCGAUUCCGCCAGCUGCACCGGCACAGCCAAACCUGGGCGAUGCUGACAAACAAUACGAGGAGCCCCAGGACAUCUGCCGCAUAGCUGCCGCUGUGGCAGUUGGCACCGCCCGGGCGAACAGCUCUGCCAAGCCCACUACCACCCCCACUACUACCCAAUCCACACCAAGUCGCCGCGCCUCCCGUGCUCCAGCGCCUCUGCCAGCAGGUGUGGAGGCAGCCUCCUCCACCAUCGCCAACGUGUCACCCCUGGGUUAUGCCCCGCUCGCUCAUGCCUCGUUGCCUGUACCUCAUUGGUCGCGCUAUAUAACUUUGCCUGAUGUGUGUCUAACCCCAACAACAGAUGGAUAUGAGAUUCCCGUCCGACUCGCCGAGGCGCUGGAAGCCAAGAGAGCUGCACGAGAAGCACCGCAAGAGCUGGCGCGCACUUUGCUCGAGCAGCGACGUGGUGCCAGCAUGGACAAUUAUGCUGAAUCAGAUGUUCACUUUGAUGUACCUGGCAGGGAUAAGGAUGACUAUGGUCUGGUGCGCGAUGUUCAGGUGCGAUCCAACCUGGCAAACUCAAGCGGGCCUGCCGCGCAGCAGACACACACCCUGGCACAAGACGCCGACCUCGCAGACUACGACGAGCCGCAGCGCGUCUUUGCAGCGCAGCCCCAGCCACCACCUCGCCUCGUCUCGCAGGCGUCGUCUCGAGGCUCUUCUCUAGAGGCCGACAGCGAUGCCAACACACAUGCUCAGCCCACCCCUUCGUUGGUUGGCCCACCAGCCGACCAGCCGACCACCGGAGGAGCGUGUGCUGGUAGCGAGGAACGACCAGAAGAGCAAGUGGAUGGUUCCAAAGUGAAAAGCCCACAAGAAGCGGAAACGGAGGGGGACGCACUGCCAGCAUAUGAGUACAAUGAUUCCGCCACACUAUUAGCCAUGGGCCGGGAGCAUGCGCGGCUAGCGGCCUCACAGCGCCAUCCGUCCAAUACGGUCACAAACGUCCGACCUGAAGAUCACGACGAUCGCGCCCCUGUCCCAGCCCCUCGCACCUUGGCCCACGGCCAGGGUCUGGUUGUUCCCAUUCCUGCGACUCGCCCGAUCCUGAAUCCUCCAGCAAGCAGUGGCGUCAAGCCGAUGGCAACGUCGAGCGAAAAUGGUCUCUUGGCCAGUCCCCCUGCACCCACAUCAGGUAUCACAGAUUCUGAGCUGGAGCGACGCGAGUCCAAGUACCAAACCGCCUACAUCAAUCGCCGCCAAGUCCCACUUCCCGUGGACGGGCAAGGCACCGCGAGCCCUGAUCUUCAGCGAUCAAAGACCGUGGAGAGUUUGCAUCUCUAUGACCUGGUCUGUUGA